AUGAAUCUGACGGUUUUAAGUAAAGAAUUAUGCAAAUUAUCAACAGCAAAUCAAAAAGUAAACGAAUUCACUGGAAGAUUGCAUGAGUUACGUGCUGCACUCAAUGAGCUUCGAGAAAUUUGCAUGUUUAUUACUCAUUGUGAAAAAUUAAGCGCUGAAUUAGAAAGUGAACGUCGAUCACACGCUGAUGAGCUGCGACAGAUUAAUCAAGAUAUAAAUCAUUUGGAAGAUACUUUCAAAAGUCUGAAAAAUGGAAAUGAUGCUAAAAAAGAUAGUAUCGCGCAAAAGUAUCGUGAAAUUGAGAGAGAUUUGAAUCGUACUAAUGAAAUUUUAUGCGAAAGCGGUAUUUCCGAAACAGAUUUGCUAACAAAUGAAAUACUUUUUCCAUCACAAUUUGAUGAAGUGAUCGAUAACAACACUACAAAUCAUUUGGCCUUAACAACACCGCUUGUUCUGAAUCAGUUAUCGCAUCUUUCAUUCCUAGAGAUGCUAAAUCGUCAUCGAAAUCAUAUUUUGGAAGCUUCCGAUCGACUUUUGUGUACAUCCGGUGGUGGAACAACUACAGUUACACCUUCUAUAACUGGCAUUAUGUCAGCUAUAAGUGAAUCAGCUAAGAUGAAAAAGUGUCAGUCCUGUGAACAACUCAUACAUCGAAAUGCGCCUAUAUGUCCACGUUGUAAGGCGAAAAGUCGAUCGAAAUAUUCAAAAAGAUUGCGAAAAUUUGAGUAG